UAGUUUAAAAGGAAGACAGUGAGGUGGACAGAGAAGGUGAAGGACAGAAGGAAAUAUCAAAGACAAGAAAACAAGACCAGUGUUUCUUUCCUUUUCUCAAUACCCAUAGUUUCUAAACACAAAUUCAUAUCCUCUUUAGUAAUAACACGAUCAAACCCAUGUUAUGUUAAAGAUUCACAACUUCAAACACACUAGCUACACACAGUGGAUAGCCAGUCAAUAUCAUACGCUACUUUCAACUUGAUUGGCUUUAAAUGAGAGUCAAUGCUCUAAAUGAAGAAGAAGAAACAUGGCGACAUUUAUGAGUCAUGCCCCUCAUAUCUUAGCUUUAAUCAAAUGAACGGAGCCUUUGAUUAACAAAAAAGCAAAAAAGACCAGCUGUUAGCAGACAUGACCGACAACGUGAGCUCCAGAAUUGACACUCCGACCAACAUCUCCCUGAGUCCCACCGUCACUGUCUCUGAGUCCCUGGAGUACAAGACAGUGUCUGUCUUCCUGGUCCUGCUUGUGUGCGGUGUGGGUAUUGUGGGUAACAUCAUGGUGGUCUUUGUGGUCCUCACCACACGCCACAUGAGGACACCCACCAACUGUUACCUGGUGAGCCUGGCCAUAGCCGACCUGACUGUGCUGGUGGCGGCGGGGCUGCCCAAUGUCUCGGAUAGUCUGACCGGCACCUGGGUGUUUGGGCAUGCUGGCUGUCUGGGAAUCACCUACCUGCAGUACCUGGGCAUCAACGUGUCGUCCUGCUCCAUCACCGCCUUCACUGUGGAGAGGUACAUAGCUAUCUGCCAUCCAAUGAAAGCUCAGACUGUUUGUACAGUUACCCGGGCGAAGCGGAUCAUUGCCGGGGUUUGGAUCUUCACCUGCGUCUACUGCAUGCUGUGGUUUUUCCUGGUGGACAUUCAGGUGAGCCAGGAUGGACAUGUGCAGUGUGGUUACAAGGUGAAGCGGGAGCUCUACCUGCCCAUCUACCUCAUCGACUUUGCCAUCUUCUACGUCAUCCCUUUGCUCCUGGCCAUUGUGCUGUACGGACUGAUAGCACGGAUCCUCUACCUCAGCCCUCUGCCCAACCAUCCUGACGCCAGUGCCACCACGCUGCGUCGAAGCUGCCGGGAAGCCUCUGAAGCGGGGAAGGGGGGUCGCCAGAGCCGUCCAAAGAGCGCGCUCUCCUCAAGGAAACAGGUGACCAAGAUGCUGGCAGUAGUGGUGAUCCUCUUCGCUCUGCUGUGGAUGCCCUACCGAACUUUAGUUUUGAUCAACUCUUUUGUGUCCACGCCCUAUCUGGAUGCUUGGUUCCUGUUGUUUUGUCGGACAUGCAUCUAUGCCAACAGCGCUAUCAACCCUGUGAUAUACAAUGCCAUGUCUCAGAAGUUCCGCUCGGCAUUUCGCGGGCUGUAUCGUUGCCAGCGGCUAGAGGGAAAUCAAAGGACACUGUCAGUGAUUCAGGCCGGCUUCAGCACCCUCCGAGACCCACGAACCUCCCAGGCGAAUAGCAAUGGAACUGAUGAAAAGGCCAGGAGAUCCAUCCUGAGACCUGCCACUGAUAUGACCACAAAGCAGAAUGGAAGCAGUCAUCAGGACACAACAGCAGUCAAUGGCAAGAAAGCAGACCAUUCCACUGACACCAGACAUGGUGCCAAUUACAGUUUUGGUGUUGGUCCAGUUCAGACGUUGCCACCUGGUGAUGCAAAGGUGGAUUGGCCUUCAUCAAUUGAAAACACAGUUAAUGUUGCAGACACACAUACAGCAAAUGAUCAGAAGGAAAUCAUGUAAAUAUUUCCAUAUUACCACAUUGUAGGAUAUCUAUGAACUCGUAAGUCUCACUGAAAUCUCCAUCCAAUGAGGGGAAAAAAGUCAGUUCAGUUGAGUUGUUACCAUUCAGUGACAAGACAGCUGUGGAUUACUCAUGCACAGGAUCUGCUUUAGGUAAUGACAAAAGAGACAAGAAACCUGUGACAUCUAUUUAUUUCAAGAUUAAAAGUGGUGGAUAGAGUAGAUUCCUCCUUGACCAAUGAGGUCACAUGUAAGGAAGAUGAUAAGAAAAUGGCAGAAUUCAUAAAGUGGUAUGGAAACAUUACUCCUUCGGCUACAAAAUCUUGUCAAAAUAGCUUGUCAAAACAUUAGCUCAUAAGCUACUUACAGCUGUGAGACUGUAUACAUUUUUCCUCAACAUACUUUAUUCUUCUCUAAUUCAAAGGAAAACACAGACUCAAACUUGAGCAAAAGAUCAGUACAAUUCAGUUUUAGAAGAUUUUGAAGGUCACCAAACUGUUUUAAAGAUCAGGCAGAAUGUAAAUAAUUGAUCCACUGUAUACAUUGUAUAUUUUGUUGUUUCUGGUUUAUUUGAAAGUUAGUGUGAUCUAAUAGAAUAAAGGAAUGAUUCAUAAUAAAGAUGAUACAGCACUUAAAAUAAAUAUGUGAAAGAAGAAUGUGUAGGAUUUUCCUAAAAAACAAUGUAUAGACUCAUACAAAAUAAUACCUCUCAAUCAUCACUUACGGCCCACUAGAAGCGUGUGGCAGUGUAGGUGUCUGCAGCGACCCUGCCCUCUGCCUGUAUUUUCUUAUUUCUAUGUGUUUGGGACAUUUCUGGGUGUAAAUCUUUGGGCAGUGGGUGUGUAGCCCUCAGCCAAUAAUAGUGCGCAGGGUGUGAGGUCAGGACUGUAUAGAGAGGCAAAGUCCCUCCCCUUUCAUAGUCAGCCAUGGGAACUUAUUUUGGAAAAAAUAUGUACGGUAGUCAACAAUCCCAUUUGAAUUAUGCCAUGAAUAAGUGAUAUGUUGUUUGCCAGUUUAAAAAACAUAAACAUAAAAGUAGUAAAGUAUCAUUUAGUUUUGUGUGAAACUGCUCAGUGAACUACAAUUUUCAUCUUGCACAAUAUACGUUACCAAAUGUA